GACACCGUGGCCUCGCUUUAUGCCUGGGGUCUGCUUCCCAGGUCAACCUUGAAAGACAUCGUGGAGGCCGUGAAGAAGGAAGUGGAGGAACCAACCAAGAUGGUCAUUUUGGACCCGAUCGCUGGCACAGGCUUCGAGUCGAAGAUGGAGGCUUCAGAGGUGCUUCUCCGCCAAAUGGGUGUCAAAGUCUGGUGCGCAGAUUCCGUGGACGGUGGCUCCACGCAGACGAGUGGUGCGGACACAAACUACUUGAAUCAGUGCAUGAGCACAGGCUCCGCGGCCCGCGCUGCGGCCGCUGCCGGCGCGGCGGCUGCAAAUGCCGCAGUGAGUGCGGCGGGACGAGCGGUGGUGUGGACAGAGAUGGACCACGUUGAUGUGUUCGACUCGGGAGAGGCAGCCACAGCAUGGUGGCAGCGUGCAGAGGUUGGAUGCCCUGUUCUGAUGCUUUCCUUCCCACCGCCACCGCCGGCAGAGGUUGCGGAGGCAGCACUGCGGCGAUUUCGCGGGUCAUGGCUGCUGUUUAUAGGGGAGUGGCGUGGCUGCACAGGUGGCUCAGGCUUCUUUGAUCUUCUGGAGGAGGAAUGGCAGAAAAUGAGGGUCUUCAGCCUGCCUCAGUGGCCAAUGAUGGAGGAUCGCGUCUACCUGCUGCGGCGGCAGCCACGGACCUCACCAUCUGCGGAGAAAAGCAGCGAAU